GUGCAGCCCGGCUGUGGGCUUUGCCCUUGGUCUGCCCUGCAGCGGAGUUCUCCGUCCUGGAAUCAGGGAGGACUCUGGGAAGUGCCGGUCCAGCGAGGCAGUCCGCCAUUGUCCGCUCGCAGCGACCGGGAGAGUCAGGCACUGACCUGCUGUAAGAAGAGAGCCUGGAAAGAGGACUGUGUUGACUGUUGGAAUUUGCAGUCAUGUUUCAGGUGACAUUUAGUGAUGUGGCCAUAGACUUCUCUCAUGAAGAGUGGGGAUGGCUAGAUUCUGCUCAGAGGGAUUUGUACAAGGAUGUGAUGGUCCAGAAUUAUGAGAACCUGGUAUCUCUAGCAGGUCUUUCCAUACCUAAGCCAUAUGUGAUUGCUUUAUUGGAGGAUGGCAGAGAACCUUGGAUGGUGGAGGAAAAACUGUCAAAAAGUUUGUUUCCAGAUUGGGAAUCAAGACGUGGAAACAAAGAAUUAUCAGUGAAGGAGGAUAUUUAUGAUGAAGAUUCACCCCAAAUGGUAAUAAUGGAAAAAACUAUAAAACAAAGACAUGAAUUUUCAAAUUUUAACAGGGACUUGGAUUAUAUAGAGAAGUUGGAGGGGAAGCAUGAAAAUCAGGUAGAACAUUUCAGACCAGUGACCCUCACCUUUAGAGGAAGUCCCACUGGGGAAAGUGCUUACAAAUGCAAUACAUUUAGAAGCAUCUUCCAUUUAAAGUCUAUUCUUUCUGAACCACAGAGAAUUUCUGCUGAAGGGAUGUCACAUAAACAUGAUAUAUUUAAGAAGAGCUCACCAACAAUUUCAGUUAUAAAAACUGAGAGUAUCAAUGGUGGAAAGAAACUUUUGAAUUCUAGUCAAAGUGUGGCAGCCUUCAGCCAAAGCAAAUCUCUUACGCUUCACCAGACUUAUAAUAGAGAGAAAAUCUAUACAUGUAGUGAAUGUGGGAAAGCCUUUGGCAAGCAGUCAAUCCUUAAUCGCCACUGGAGAAUUCAUACAGGAGAGAAACCCUAUGAAUGUCAUGAAUGUGGGAAGACUUUUAGCCAUGGCUCAUCCCUUACUCGACAUCAAAUAAGUCACAGUGGAGCAAAACCUUACAAAUGUAUCGAAUGUGGGAAGGCCUUUAGCCAUGUCUCAUCACUUACUAAUCAUCAAAGCACUCACACUGGAGAGAAACCAUAUGAAUGUAUGAAUUGCAGAAAGGCUUUUAGUCGUGUUUCACAUCUCAUUGAACAUCUGAGAAUUCAUACUCAAGAAAAACUCUAUGAAUGUCGAAUAUGUGGGAAGGCCUUCAUUCACAGGUCAUCUCUCAUUCACCAUCAGAAAAUUCAUACUGGAGAGAAACCUUAUGAAUGUAGUGAAUGUGGAAAAGCCUUUUGCUGUAGUUCACACCUUACUAGACAUCAAAGAAUUCAUGCUAUAGAGAAACAAUUUGAAUGCAACAAAUGUCUGAAAGUCUUUAGCAGCCUUUCAUUUCUUACUCAGCAUCAGAGUAUUCAUACUGAAGAAAAACCUUUCGAAUGUCAAAAAUGCAGGAAAUCCUUCAACCAGCCUGAAUCACUGAAUAUGCAUUUGAGAAAUCACACUAGAUUGAAACCUUAUGAAUGCAGUAUAUGUGGGAAAGCCUUCAGUCAUAGGUCAUCUCUCCUUCAACAUCACAGAAUUCAUACUGGAGAGAAACCUUAUGAAUGUGUUAAAUGUGGGAAGACCUUCAGCUGUAGUUCAAACCUUACUGUACAUCAGAGAAUUCAUACUGGAGAAAAGCCAUAUAAAUGUAAUGAAUGUGGGAAAGCAUUUAGCAAAGGUUCAAAUCUUACUGCCCAUCAGAGAGUACAUAAUGGAGAGAAACCCAGUAGUACAAUAAGUGUGGAAAAGCCUGUAGGCCAUGUGAAUCACUAUACAUGUGAAAGAUCAUAUAAGAGAGAAAUUGUAUAAAUGUAGUUAUUUGUCAUAAUAUAUUGUAGCCUCAUGUCUUCCCUGAUUCAUCAUCAGAAAAUUUUUACUGGAGAAAAUUUAUGAAUGUAAUGAAUAUGAGAAAGUCUUUAGCAAUGAUACAAGCCUUAUUGUCUGUCACAGUUCACACUGUGGAGAGACUAUAUGAAGGCAAUAAAUGUAGGAAAGCCUUUAGCAUUAGUCCCUUAAUUGACAUAAGCAAAUCCACACUGGAGAAAAACCCUUUACAUGUGACUAAAAUGGGAAAGACAUUAGGCACUAUGAAUCUCGAAACAUUAAACACAGGAGAGAAGCAACAUGAGUAUAAAAAUUAUGAGGGGUCCUUCAGUUAAAGUGCAUCCCUCAUUCUACAUCAAAGAACUCACACUGGAGAGGAAGCUUACAUAAUAAAUGUAGCCAAGGGUCCACUAAGCAUUCUUAGCUUGUUAGAUAACAAGAUUAAUACUAGAACAGCCUGAAAGAUGUAGGAACUAUGUGUCUUUGCAAUGAUGUUAAUUUGUAAACAAUUCUACGGGAGUGCAAACAAGCACAUUGUACAUGAAUAUGCAUAUCAUGGUUGUAGCAGCAUGCAUUUUACUCAGUCCUACAUAGAAAUUAUCUCUAGCUAGUGGGCACAUGAAGGUACUUAGUCACCCAGUGGACCCAGUAAAUGUUAUAAAAUUGAAAAUUAAAGUUGCAAUAGUAAAAAGUGGUGUGAAUAAAAUUUUUGGUUUCUAAUAAAAUAACCCUGUAUAUAUUGAA